UGUAGCAUCCUGCUUUGUUGUGUCUGGCAGCACUGUGUGUGUGUGUGUGUGUGUGUGUGUGUGUGUGUGUGUGUGUGUGUGUGUGUGUGUGUGUGUGUGUGUGUGUGUGUGUGUGUAAGGGUGCGUUUGAUUUUCCUCGGAACUUGGAACUGGGAAUGAUGUCACACCCGAGUUAACAGUGUUCUGGUUGCCGGAGACUGAGAAGUCGGGAUUCCAAUAUGGCGAAGCCCUCGAAAACUGCUGGUUUGCUAGCUCUCAACGAACACAGUUGACUCAUAAACACACAUAAAGCUCAUCUUCAAAGAAUAUUCGAAGAGAGACAAAGACGAAGAAGGAUGUACUGUCAUCUCCUACUGCAGAGAAUGAAGAGGCUUAUCCUGAAGACUGGAACAGAGUGGGAGGUUUUGCUAUACAUGGAUGAGAACACCUUUGCUCGCCAUUUUAGGGUCACCAGACCACAGUUUGAAUACCUGACAAUGAAGCUGCAUGAGAAUGGAGUAGGCAGGGAACACCAUCAAGGCCUGCUACCAGUUCCUGUGACAAAGAAGGUGCUGAUGUUUCUGUGGUACAUGGCGAACCAAAACAGCUUUAGAGAGAUGUCUGACAAAUUUGAUGUGUCCCAGUCUGCGGCACACCAAAUCAUUGUGGAUGUGCUUAAAAUACUUUGCACACUUGGCUCAAACUUUGUCUCCUGGCCAAAUGCCUGUGAGAAAGCAACAUCUGCUCUUGCUUUUCAGCGACUCUGUGGCACUGGUGUCAUUGGUGCCAUCGAAGGGUGUCAUAUAAAGGAGCAGAAGCUACCAGUGCAAGGUGUAGACUACAUGAACAGAAUGUCUUUUUUAUCUGUCCUUCUCCAGGGGAUUGUAGAUGACAGAGGAAGAUUCUUGGACAUUUGUGCUGGACCACCUGGAAGGGUGCAUGAUGCAAGGAUGUUGAGGGCUUCUCCCUUCUUUGAAUCAUGGCAGGAGAAAAUGGCUGGUUACAGCUUACUUGGAGACUGUGCAUACAUCAGGCGAGAUUUUCCAUUUGUUGUAACCCCUCGACGCAACAACGGAACCCUGACUUGUGAGGAACAACUUCAGAACAACAAGAUCAGUUGUGGUAGGGUGGUUGUUGAACAAGCUUUUGGACAAAUAAAGUGCAUGUGGAGGCGUCUCCGUGAUCUUCAGAACACCAGCAUCAAAACUGUGGUGAUGAUAAUAAUGGCAGCCUGUUUUCUGCACAACAUGACUAUUGCUGACUUGUGCCAGCUGCACCCCAGGGCUGCCCAAGAGAGGAUGAUGACAACUAGUAGUGUUGUCAAAGUUGCAAGACACUUGUUUUGCGUUUACAAGUAUUUUGCAAUUCUUCUUGUUCUUGUCAGAUAUUGAAAUAUGUUAAUUGCAGUGUGCCUGUAUUUCAGUGGCUUUAUUUUAUUAAAGUGUU